AUGUUUGGUGCCGUUUCCCUGGUUCUUCUUGUCACACUCACGAAUGCGCUGAACCUUGAAAAUGUAGGUUUGCUAUUCUUUUCAUUUAAAAUACAUGCUUUUUGAAGCCCGGAGACUUUGUGCUCCCGUCAGGCGACUUCAUUGACCUGAUUUCGCGCGAUGCGGAGAAUCUCCCUGAUUUGAGCAACUUCGGAGUGAAGCACAUUUCUGGCGGAGCCGGCGAGGGAGAGCAGAAGCUGCUCGAGGAAGAUCAGUUCCAGGAGCGUCAGGAGGUCAAGUCUGACAACGUGCUCCCCGCGUACUGCGAGCCACCAAACCCGUGCCCGGUCGGCUUCACCAAGGAACAAGGAUGUAUCGAGGAGUUCGAGAACAGCGCCGAGUUCUCGCGCAACUACCAGGCCCAACAGCACUGCAUCUGUGACCAGGAGCACAUGUUCAAGUAUGUUGACACUGAGUCGGUUCAAAUACUAUAAUUGAAUAACUUUAGCUGUGCCGAAAAGGAAGCCCAGGACGUAAGCGAUUCUCUUCAAAAGAUUCUGGAAGAGAACGACAUGCACGCCAACACCAUCGCCAAGAAGUUCCACGACAAGAGAAACUCGGAUGAAUACGUGCCACGUCGCAAGCGCUCCGCUCCGACCGCUCACAAGUUCAACCCAUACCUGCAGGGAGAGCCGCUCCGUUCGAUGCAAAAGAAAAACGGAAAAAAUUCGUGGUAA